ACUACAGAGUAAUUUUUAAAAAAGACAGAUCGGGUACCUUUGAUCAUCUCGAAUCAUAAUCGAUCGUCAAUUCUUCAUCGAGUCUGCGAGCUUAGGGAGUUCUGGAGGCAAGGCUUCGGUUCUUGGACUGCAGGAGCCGCGAGGUAGUGACUUUCAUUUGUGCGAGGCUGCGAGCUCCAUCGCCAACGCCAAUCAUUUCUGAAACUCAGCGGUUACCACCUUUGAUUCCUUCCAGCCUCCAGGGUUUAGGGAUUCAUUGCAAAGAAAAGGAUGUCCAGUACUGCCUGUUUUAUGAUCGUGAGUAGGAAUGACAUUCCCAUCUAUGAAGCUGAAGUUGGAGCUGCACAGAAAGAGGAUGCUGCUCAUCAGCACCAGUUCAUUCUACAUGCAGCACUAGACAUUGUUCAGGAUAUGGCAUGGACUACCACCGCAAUGUUCAUGAAGGCAAUUGACCGGUUCAAUGAUUUGGCUGUUUCAGUGUAUGUCACUGCAGGUCAUAUCCUUAAAUAUUGUCCAAUUUCAUGGAAGUUCCAGUAAUUGAUUAUUGAACUUAUGUACAGGACAACAUAAGCCAUGGGGUUUUUUUAUUGCAAAGUUUACUAUCAACGCCAGUAAAAAAAUUUCCUGAAUUUUAUAGCUUGUGUCCCGUAAAGCCAACCUUGUCGUUUUGGCUUAUUUCCUUUUAUCCAAAUUAUGAUAUCCACAAACUCUAAUUCCAUUUUCAAUCAUGAAGGCCAAGACUUUUCUUGGUUGAGUUCUUUAUUUGAAUAAAUAGCUCUGGAGUUAUUUGCUCCUGGUGCUCAAUGGCCGCAUAUACUCAAAAUAUGGCUUUAUUUUAUUAUUGGACACAUCUUUCUGUUUGUUGCUAGCACCUUAAUUUAUACCUCAAAAUUUCUUGCAUUGUUUUCUUUGACUAAUUAACCAUACAUACUCGACUGAUGCUGCUUCACGAUUCUCGCAAUGAUGAUGGGAUCAAAAGCUUCUUCCAAGAAGUUCACGAGCUUUAUAUAAAGUCUCUUCUUAAUCCCCUCUAUUUACCUGGAUCACGGAUUACUUCGUCUCAUUUUGAUACAAAGGUCAGAGCUCUUGCUAGAAAGUAUCUCUGAAGCUUAUAAUUGGCUGGAGCCACCAGUGCCCUGAAAUUAUGCUUGAAAAAAUCUCUGAAGAUUUUUACAGUAGCGUUAGCAUAACACAUUUAUCUUUGUAACGUGAGAAUUUGCUCUUGAAGGUCUUUUUGUGGCCAAUGGUCAUCUAUCAAUUGUUUUCAUCUUCAAAAAACUUCAGAAUUUAUUUUGCCCUUUGAAUGUGUUGCCUAUAUUACUACAAUCAAUAUGCAAUUGAUGAAACUAAUUCUCAGUCAUAUUUGACUAUAAAUGCCUUUGAAGUUU